UGAUUACGAAGAGGUUGUUAGGGAAGGACCGAGAGGCUGCGGUUCCUAAGUGAAGGUAGAGGUGACUGGCUCACGCAGCUUUGUUGUUGGGAUGUGCUCUCCACACUUGACUAUUUCAUCGCACUUCUAAUUGGUCUUCUACAAUCUUCUCUAAACUGGCGGACAUACAAAAUAUUAGUGAUAAUGGGAAUUGCAGAUGCUGGAGAAUCCAAGAUAAUGAAAUGUGAGGCUGGAUGAACACAGCAGGCCCAUCCCCCUCUCUGAUGAAGGGUCUAGGCCCGAAACGUCAGCUUUUGUGCUCCUGAGAUGCUGCUAGGCCUGCUGUGUUCAUCCAGCCUCACAUUUCAUUAUCUGACAUACAAAAUAUUGUAGCUUCUGUCCUUUUAGCCCGCAGUAACUCUCCAAACGUACUCCUUUGUCAACCUCCUGUGUUCGCUCAGCUGCGCUGACUCCGGCUGGUGAAGAGAUUCAAAACUCUCACUCCUCAUUUCUGAUCUUUUUUCACGGCCUCGCACACUCAGUCAUUUACUGCCUUAAUAUUAAUUGUGGUCACUGUCGCCCCCUCCCUUUUGGAAGCUUUGGCCAUUUUUGUUGAUGAAGUCGAGAACAGGGGGCCUGGUGGAACCCAAACUGAGUCGGCUAUUGUAAUGAAUCGGAAGAGAAACUUGAUACCAGAUGUUUUCCGGCAGGUUAAGAAGCAAAAAAUUGGAUUAACGGAAGAAUUUAAAUUAUUAGAUAAGAAUGGAGCCCAAGAAUUUGAAGGAAUGCCAAACGAUACUAAGUCUGCGCUGGUUUUUUUAGCAUCCUUGUUUCCUCGGAAGUUAUUUGAUGAUUCUCUUCCACCUAUCGUUCUAAAACACCAACUUUACAGCAUUGUUAAAGACAAAACCACAGUUGAUCGUCAGCUGAAUGAACUGAAGGAUCUGGGACAUGUUCGUAUUUUCCAAUUUGGAUUUGACGCAGAUGUGUUCGGCAUUGUGUUUACUGAAGAUUACAAAAGUAAGGUUUUGGCUGCAACAGCAACGAAAGAGACUGCCUCAACAGUGCAAAGGUUUCUGGACACUGUGUUGAACUCGUGUACAGAUAUUGGUUUCAACAAAGAUAAAAUGCUGAAGGAGUUUUCAUUUCAUGACCAAGAAAUAACACAACUGGUGAAUGCAGGACUUCUUACAGUACGAGAUGUUGGAAGUUGGUGGCUUGCUAUUCCAGGAGCUGGCCGAUUUGUGAAAUAUUUUGUAAAUGGUCGCAAAGCUGUUCUUCGCAUGAUACGGAAAUCUAAAUACAAUGAGGUUUUGCAGUCUGACUUAGAAGCACGUAAAGUGACGUCCACUGUGAAGUUAGGGAUCCAGUAUCAUGUCCAUGACAUCGUUGGAGCAGAGUUGGUGAAAUGCAUUCCAACAACUACUGGAACUUUGCUGCGCUUGAAUGAAUCCUGAUCCACAGACUCUACUGCAAAUCAACCAAUGGACCAAGUUUGAUCUGAAUAUUAUUACUGCUAGAGGAUGCUGGGAUAAAGGAGCAAUUUGAAAAUAGGCAGGGGAAAAAGGAUAUGGACAUUUUAAAAAAAAAAGUUCAACAUUUUGCUGAAAAAUCUGAUACUAUGAGACUAAAUAUUUUGGCUAUUCACUUGCCAAGCCUGUGAUGCAAGACUAAACAUUAACAUUUGUAUUUAAAAAUAUAUAUUGAUUAUUAUCAGUUAAAUUUGACUUAGUUCAAGUUUAGCUUAGUUAAGUGGAAUGAAUUUCCCAAUGUAUGAUGAGCAUAUUGGAUCAUCAUGUGGGAAGCUCAGAUUACAGUGCGACAAAAUGAAUGAGUUGUACAUUCAAUAGAUUCUUGGGUUAACUGAGACUUUAAUCUGGAUCAUUUCAAAUACUAAAAUGGAGCGUUAAAUCCAUUACUUAACAUUUUAAUUACUUGAAGCAAGACUACAAGUCGUCGAGCCAUUUUGUCAAAAGAAAGUAGAGACCCAAUGGUUAAGUUUAGAAUUUGGUUUUCACUUAAUUUCCAAGUAAAUUUAUCUAUGCAAACUUAUGAUAUAUUCAAGAAUGACCACAAAGCAGAGAAAUCUGUCAUUAACUGCAAAUGUUGUGAACUUGGACCCCAAAUGGAAAUGUGGCAUCUGGUUGAUUAAAAUCAACAUUAUCAAAUGAA